CGGAGCAGACGAGAAACCAUGGAGCGCAACAAGACGCGUUGGAGAGACUCAUCGAGCGGACGAGAAAAGUGUCAGCUUCAUCUCUGUUUGUAAGACCCUUUUUGGAGACGGCGGGUUGAUUUGGGAAAAACCAGCAGAUAUACUCUUGACUUUUUCAAAAGCGUGCGUAAACUAACCGGAGAGUUGCUGGAAGGAAAAUAGUAUUGGAAUCACCGACAACCACCGGGAGGGGAAUAUCGUCCGAAGUGAGGACAGGAGUUUUAUGGAAAGACAUGCUAUUUGCUGGUCCACUUUUCCUCUUCCAUUUGGACAGUUUAGACAGUUUUGGGAAAAUGUCGCAGGUGUGCGCUUCGUAAAACCCUACAUUUCUCAUGUGUCCCGUUUCAUAACAAGGAAGAUUUACUUUUCUUUAAGGAAUCUGUGAACAGAGCUGACGUUUACACAAAGAAAGAGCACAGGACCUAAAUCCAGCCACCGGGCACUUAGGAACCAUGGUGAAGUUUCAGAACUCAGAUCUAUGGAUAGCCUGGAUGGUUAUUUUCUGCAUGGAGGGUUCAAGGUUUGAUCUGCACACUGGGAAAGUGUGUGUGUGGGCGUUGGAUGUAACCGUGUCCCAGAGCAGCAUCCAAGUGGCCCGAGGUCAAGCAGCCAUCCUGCCCUGCUCCUUUACCACCAGCGCUGCCCUCAACAACCUCAACAUCAUCUGGAUGGUGAUACCGCUGUCUAAUGCCAACCAGCCAGAGCAGGUGAUAAUUUACCAGGGCGGCCAGGUGUUCAGCCUCGCCAACCACCUCAAUGGUCGUGUGGGCUUUGUGGCCACCAUGCCAAGCACAAGUGCCUCCAUCUUCAUCAACAACACCCAGCUGUCCGACACUGGGACCUACCAGUGCCUGGUAAACAACCUCCCAGACAGAGGGGGGCGCAACAUCGGCGUCAUUGGGCUCACGGUGUUGGUGCCCCCCUCGGUGCCAGCAUGUCGAAUCCAGGGCACGCUGGAUGUAGGCAGCGACAUCAUGCUGUUCUGUAGCUCAGAAGAAGGUAUUCCCACGCCGUCCUACUCCUGGGAGAAGCUUGACGCGCUGCCCAAGCUGCCGCACAACGCCAUGCAAGACCAGAUGCAGGGCACUGUCACCCUGAGAAAUAUCAGCACCAGCACCUCAGGACUAUACCAGUGCACCUCCAGCAACGCCAUCGGCAAGAGUACAUGCAUACUCAAUGUGCAGGUUGUAGCACCCCAGCCCCAGAGCGUUGGUCUGAUAGCAGGAACCAUAGCCACAGGAAUCCUGGCUGUCAUCAUCUGCUCACUGCUAGUGGUUGUCAUGCUCUUCUACUGGAAGAACAAGAACAAAUAUGAUGAGGAGGAGAUCCCAAAUGAGAUCAGAGAAGAUGAUUUACCUCCCAAGCGGUCAUCGUCGGUGAAGGCUUUUCAUGCGGACGCCUCAUCGUCAGAGAAUGACACGCUCACAUCUACCAACACAUACAACAGUCGCUACUGGCACAACCCCAAAACCAACUACGACACCAACUCCUACACGCGCUAUAAUGGGGACACUCGGCAGACCUUCUCUGCUGCUGCUGUGCAUGGAACACAUGGAACACAUGGAGCACACGGAGCACAUGGAGCACAUGGAGCACAUGGACACGGACAAUCCCAGAACGCUACACACAGCCACGUCACAGCUGUCACGGCACCAGGCUCCACCCCUCUGCCCCGACACGCACCGCCCACAACAGCAACAACAUCGUUUGCCAAUGGCAGCCACACGCUCCCCCCACCCAAAACUCUGGUGGUCACCACGAACUCUGCCCCAUCCCCUCCGGCCAUGGUGCGCAGCAAUGGCUCUGUGAGCCUCAAACCGGUGGUGACAUCCACACAUGGACAGCACACACACUCCUACGCUGUGAGCCAGGCAACACUGGAGCGGAUGGGGGCAGUGCCGGUCAUGGUGCCAGCGCAGAGCAGAGCAGGCUCGCUUGUUUGAAAUCCAAUUUGAUGAACCGUUAGCUUUGAAAAUGAGACUAAACAAGUGUUUCUUUUGUUUUUUUCUUGUGAUGUUUGAGAUCCAAUAAUGAAAAACAGACAGAAUAUGGGCUGAAGCAGCCUGCUGCCCUUUACAGUUGUGUCUUUCUCUAUGUUUCUACCUUUUUAUCUCAAGACAAACUAGAUUUUACAGAGCAGGGUUUAUUCAAUGCCAACUCCUUCAUGGACAGGACACUGUUUUUUGAAGACCAGCGCUACACGGAAUCCCUUUAUUGAAUGGAUUCUUCUCUGGGUAAUGAUUGGUUGAUUUCACAAAUCUAGAAUGAACCAUCUUGUAUAAACUGGAAUCACAGAUGCUAUUCAGGGCUGGAUCAUUGUGAUGAUUGUGUUCUUUUCUUUUUUCUUUUUGUUUUUGGGACUCGAAGCAGGCAUUGUCAUCUGAGCACGGUCAGACAUGAACAAGCUUGUAUCCCCACGUUGAUGCAUGUGUCCUUUCAUUUAGGAUAACAAGUGAGGUUUGUUUUAUUUUGAACAAUUUCUUCUCAGUGUUUUUGAUUGACAGUCAUGGGUAACAUAAAAAAAAAUGAAAAAGGUGAAUGUUAAAAAUGUAUGCUUGGCGCAACCAACCUUGGAGCAUGAAGGUGUAAGAAUGAAAUGAUUAAAAUGGCCUUAGAAGCUAUAAGAGGAGGAAAGAGUGACUAGGUGCAAUACAUGGAAUACUAGACUUCACUGAAUGCAAACUUUUUAAUUAUGCUUUUGCACUUUUCAGAGCAAAUUAAUAACAAAACUGCUGUCUUAUAAACAAGAGUCUUAGUAAUAACAUGCUUCAAACUUAAAACAUAUUCCACACGUUAAAAAAAUUGUUUUAUUUACAUUUCAGAGAGAAAGAAAAAAAAUCCAAACAGGAAGUUACUGUCCUCCUGACCUAAAGUCAUUCCUGCCAAUGGAUUUUAUCUUUGCCGUCUCCAUCCUUACUGUUUUAACAUGGUUCAUGUCACAUCAGUGCUGCUUUGAGAAGAAUAGGAUGUCUUACUUAAUAUGCUUUAUAACGAGACAAGAAUUAUCUAUUUUUUCCCUUCAACAAUGGAGAAUACCUGCUGUUUUCUACUGUACAUAUUGCAAGCAGGUUAGAUUGUGAGUCAAAGAAUUACAAGUCUGAUACACAUUUACAGCUUGCAUGUCUUAAUUGGAAAACAGUUCCUCAUGUCACAUUAGACUACCAACUGGUUUUGAUAGCCUAAUAUUCUGAUUUCUACUGAGUUUUGUCAUUUUAUUACAAUGUUGUUUUACAUAAAUGGCCAUAUGUUUUACUUUUGACACCUUGGCUGUGUGUGGUACAACUGUGUUUCUGACCUUUUAUGUUUUAACCAAUUGACAUCAGUGGAAUAAUAGUCUGAGCUGUCAGUGUUCCCAAAUCAUUUAUCUAUAAUCAUUUUUCAUAGCUACAAUGCAAAAUUUGAUGCAGAAAUCACUUACGUUACACAACGUGUGGGAUUGAAUCCUCACUUUGUGAAAUAUUUUAAUGAAAUAUUCCAUCUAGUAUUUACUUACAGUGAAGCAAAAAGUGUAUUUGCUCAUGUGUUAUCUUGAUAUGUUUACUGUUUAUUUAAUCAUUUCCUCAUUUUAUUGGCCAUUAAAUAACCUAAAUCUAAUUUAUAAUUAAUUGGCAUCUCAUCUUCAAUAAAUUUUAACUUCUUUAAACAGGAAGUAUAUAUAUAUAUAUAUAUAUAUAUAUAUAUAUAUAUAUAAUUGUGUAUAAAGAGAGCACCUUAGAGAGGUAGAGUCUCGGAACAGAAGCUCACCAAUCUCUAAUAAAUACAAACCAUACGUCAUGGUGUGGUGUGGAUUUGGGGCAAGGACCCAAGUGCAGGACCAGGCAAGAGAACACACAAGCAAACACAAUACACAAGUAGAAAACACUACCAAAUAAAAAGGAAACAAGACAGCAACUUACUCAACAGCAAAACUAACAAAAACCCAACAAAAAACAAAAAGCCUCAGAUCAAGACGUGGAGGUGAGGCCUUCAAAAUUAUGUGUGUUUUAUAAUUUGUUUUCAUUAAAAACUUAGUAGGAACCUACAUUUUCUCCAGUUUUUGCCUUGAAGUCAUGAUGAAAAUGGCCUGUAUCCACAGUUACAGUUUUUUCAGUUACAGUAAUAAUAUUUACUGUGUACGUUUCUCUGGAUGAAAUACAAACAUGUUUGCUCAUUUCAAGCCAGAAACAACUGCAGAAACAUACUUAUUUAAUCAGGAAGCACCCCUCCCCUCCAUUCAUUGCUCUGUCCUGUAAAGGAGAGCCGCAGUGAUUUAUAAAUACAGAGAGGCUAAGCGAGGUUAAAGGUCACAUCACCCUUCUUUUGGUUCUGACAGUGUUUUUCAGGCUAAAUUCUUACAUCUGUGUAGAAUUAAUUCACCAUCGCUCCCAGUGUCCCUGCCCUGAACACUGACUGGCAGCAUUUAAAAAGGAACUCUUCUUCAAAGGCCGCUGGCUUUUAUUAUUCCCAGAGAGGACGGCAGGUUGGAAAAGCUAAACUGAGAUUAUUUUACUCUGCCCUCUGUUUGCAGGAGAAAAUAGAGGAGAGACAGCACAGUCAGUAGAAAUCUACUGAGGCUUUAACCCAGAUUAAAAGAACAUCUCAUCUUCUGCCCUGGCCGUGAAGUUGGCCCAUGGUACAUAAGGUGGUGUUUGGGUUGUGUGUAUAUAUAAACAUGUGAUAUAUUGCCAAUAUUAAAAUCCAAUCUGUAAAUAUGUAAAGACAUUAAAAGCAAAAAAAGUAAAAAUAAAAUAUACAUCUUGUUCCUACUGGGUGGAAAUGAAGUAGAAAAAUAACACUGGACUUGUAGUGAAUAAAUAUUGUUAAUACAUUCUAUCUUGCAUUUUGCUUAUUUAUUUUUGUGUGUCUGUG